AUGGCCAAGUUGAUCACUGUCUUUGGUGCUACCGGUAAUCAGGGUGGCUCUGUCAUUGAAGCUGUCCUUACCGAUCCUGCGCUCUCUAAGGAAUUCAAGAUCCGUGGAGUUACUCGGGACACGACGAAGAAGUCCGCUCAGGAUCUCGCCAAGAAGGGUGUUGAGGUUGUCACGGCCGAUCUGGACUCUGUUGAAUCCCUGAGUGCCGCCCUUAAGGGUUCCCACACCGUCUUCCUGGUCACCAACUACUGGGAAACUAUGAAUGCCGAUGUGGAAUUCUCCCAGGGCAAGAAUGUUGCAGAUGUUUCUAAAGCUAUCGGUGUCUCCCACCUUAUCUUCUCUUCACUCCACAACGUGACAGAGCAGACCAAGGGCCGCCUGUCCCAUGUGCCUCAUUUCGACAGCAAGGCCAAUGUCGAGAAAUACAUUCGGGCUUCUGGCCUCGGAUGCAGCUUUAUUCUUCCUGGAUAUUAUAUGAGUAACUUCACACAGAUGCUGAACCGCGCUGAGGAUGGAUCGUACCAGCUAUUCUACCCUGUUAGCAAUGAGGCCAAGUUCCCCCUCUUCGAUGCGGCGCAGGAUACCGGUCUUUUCGUCAAGGUUGCCAUAAAGCACGCAGUCCAGUUGAAGGACAAGCAGGUCUUGGCUGCUGCUAAGUACUACACUCCUCAAGAAAUCGUGGACAUCUUUUCUCGGGUUACGGGAAAGACUGCUGUCUUUCUUCAGAUCAGCCCGGAACAGUACAAGGCAUCUUUACCUGCUGCUGUUGCUACCGAGUAUCUCGAAAACCAGCUCUUUGUGGAGGAGCCUGGCUACUAUCUGGGCGAGUCGCUUGAACCUACUCUGAAGCUUCUUGAUUCCAAGCCUACUACCUGGGAGGAAUUCCUCAAGAGGAAUGUCUCUGUCUGGAAAUAA